AUUAGGAAUACUAUAAAUGUUUGGCUCCCCCAAUAAAACAAAAUUAACAAUUUCAUCCUUUUCCCCUAUUUUUUAGAAGACCGUUGAACAUCUGGAUAACGGCUAGUUUCUCAACUUCAUCUCUUUCUUCUUUCAACGUCACAUUUUCUCUCUCCUUCGCUUCCUGUUUCACUGCCUCUCAAAACUCCCCCUAAUCCUAAAAUCCAAAAUCAAUUGGAAAAUUUAAUAUCUAGGGUUUCUCCUAAUUGAUUCAAUUCCCCCAAAUUUACCCCAAAAUUCCCCAAUUGCAACAACAAUGAGCCCACCAACAAUGGCGUCGGAAAACCCUAAACCCCAAACAUCAUCUGAAAUCUCAACUCCAAUGCCGACAAACCCCCAACAACCUCGUCGUUCUCGACCUAGGGUUCGUGAAGUUAGCUCCAGAUUCAUGUCACCUGCGGCAAAACCUCCGACGAACAUCCAGAAGCAAAUCCCAUCAACACCGUCGGAAUCCCAGAUUUCUAAAAACAACGCUCUCCGACGAUCUAACACCGAAUUCCGACCGUCGCAGUCGAGAUACGCCGACGAAAAUCGACCCGAUUCGUUGAAUAGGAAAUCCGUUAGCCCGGUUCGUUCUUCGUCGAAACCUAGGGCUGCUGUUAAGCUUUUUAAGGAAGGUUCUAGAACUGAUACACCGGUGCCAAUGCAGGUGGGACCCAGGUUGGUGAGGCAACGGAGUUGGGAUUCCGCCGCCUCGAAGUUGUUGCAUGCUAAUGGAUUUUGCUCCAAUGGUGAAAAUGAUGAUGAUGAUGGUGGUGGUUGUUCUGUUAAUGGGGAUUGUGAGUCAGUGAAAUCGGAGCCGAAUGAUAACAAAAACAAUUGUAAUAGUGAUGGUAAUAAUAAUAAUAAUAAUUGUCAAAGGAAUUCUACGCCGUGUUCUAGAUCAAUGGAGUUUUCGUAUUCGAAUAAUGAUCAACAACAACAACAAAAUGGGGGGUUGAAUUCUGUUAAGGGUGUUAGUAAUGAUGAUAAGUUAUUUCAUAGGUCAGUGAAUAAGGUGGCGCGUAGUCUUAAUCUUCCUCCGAUGCCUCCUGGACUCGGGUUUUCGAGGCCUCAAGGGGGGACGGUGGAGGUGAAAAAGGCGGUGGUGAGGAAGGGUGGCAACCAGCUAGAUGAUGCUCAAAGGCUUAAGUUGUUGCAUAAUCUUCAUCUUCAAUACAGGUUUGCUAAUGCUAAGGCUGAGGCAUGCUUGAAUUCUCAGAAAAAGCAAAGUGAGAAACUGCUAUAUUCAAUGGGAGUAAAGAUAUCAGAGUUGCAGGAUUCUGUAAAAAGCAAGCGUGUUGAAGUUGGACUUCUGAAAGAAGCAAAACUUCUAUCAACAAUUCUUGACACUCAGGUUCCCGUUUUGGACGAAUGGUCUGCUUUAGAAGAAGCUUACUCUUCUUCAUUGCUAGAAUUAACUCAAGGUUUACAGAAUAUAUCAUCUCGACUUCCACUCAAUGGUAAUGUAAAGGUUAACGUCAAAGAAAUAAAUGAAGCAAUGAAUUCAGCAUUGAAGGUGGCUGAAAGCAUCUGUUUGCAAGUGCAAGGCUUCGUGCCCAAGGCAGAGCAAAUGGAUGUUCUCAUAUCCGACUUGGCUAGAGUACAUAGUGGAGAAGUCACGCUUGUUCAAGAGUGUGGUGAUUUAUUGUCAAGGACGCAUUUGUCACAGAUAGAAGAGUGCAGUUUAAGAGGACAACUUAUUCAAUUCCAGAAAUGCAAUCUAACUGGAUCCAAAGAGAAUCAAAUUCUAACAGGAUCGUCUUAGUUCACACGCCAUACUUAAUCGUCAAUUUGAUCAGUUGAUCGUCUGAUGGUGAUAAGCACAUAACUCAAGUUCAAGAGGUCAACAAUUCAGAUUCACCCACCUUCUGUAUGUACUCAUUCAUCCUCAUUCUUUUGCUACGUCCAGCCAACAGAGAUUUUUUUGGAAGGGCUGUUGAUAUCGAGAGUAAAGAUGCAGUUCCAUAGGAGUAUUCCUUCAGUAAUUGCAUCAAAUCUGUAUAGUGUAACUCUAUCAUUUGAUACAAACAGAAAAAUCAAGGAAUAGUCCCUUGUGGCUUGCGAGGCGAUUGGUUGAUCAAUACUUGUCUGUAAUCAGUUUGUCUAACCCCCCCCCCCCUUCUAUCUCUCAUUAAAAGGAGAAUAAUAAAAAUUGUCUCAAAUCAUACAUUAUGACAUUCAUUCAUUUAUUAUAAUGAGGCCAAAUUAGAAAAUAACACUUGUUAAAAAACCGUAUUUUGAUUUUAACACCUUAACAUUUCAAAGUUUUAUUAUAACACCUACUAAAAAAUUAAAAUUUUGGUUUCACCACCAGAAAACGGAUUCCGUGACGGAAAUUGUUAGUGGGUCCCACAAGUUAGUUCACUUUCCAAAUUUCUUCCUAUUCAUUUCGACUAUUUCCCCUUCCAUUAAUUACCCAACCAGUUAUCCUUCAUUUAUACUUAUUCUUUCAAUCCCACUCACAAUUUCCAUCCUUUUCAAAAACCCCAUUAAAAAAAAUUUGAUCUUUGAAAAAUUCUGGCAAAAUUCUUGAUUUUUUUUAAUUUUUUUGGAAAUAUUUUGGAUACCCAUUUGAUUUAUUGACACAAAUGACAGAAGGGGGGAGGGGAAGGGGGUUUUGGGUGGGGUUUCGGGGUGGUGGAGGAAGGGGGGAGGGGUUUCGGCAAUUGGGCAGGUCGCCGGCGAGGGGUGGGGUGGGUGAGGUGGCUGGAAUCGAAAAGGGGAGGGGAUGGGGGUUUUGGGUGGGGUUUCGGGGUGGUGGAGGAAAGGGGGAGGGGUUUCGGCAAUUGGGCA